AUGACAUUGGCUAAGCAUUGGAAAUACAACGAAAACGAAGACAUUGUUCUUUCUCAACUUGAAGGUCUUCUUGCCGCCAAUCCUUAUGCUAAAUUAAUCCCUACAGAAAAAGUCAUAUUCAACCCACAUUCGGAUACACAGAGCAAGAUUGCCGUGAUCAGUGGUGGUGGUGCAGGUCACGAACCAUUACAUGGCGGGUUUGUUGGUGAGAACUUGUUAGAUGCCGCCGUUAGUGGCCACAUUUUUGCCUCACCUUCGACAAAGCAAAUCAUGGCUGCUAUCAAGACCAAAGGUGAUAAAGAAAGAGGUACAAUUAUUGUGGUAAAGAAUUAUACUGGUGAUGUCUUGCACUUUGGUUUAGCUGCUGAACGGGCCAAGAGUGAUAAUUAUAAUGUGGAGUUAGUUGUUGUUAGUGACGAUGUUGCUGUGGGCAGAAAGCAAAACAAGAUGGUUGGAAGGAGAGCGUUGGCAGGUACUGCAUUGAUUCAUAAAGUAUUGGGUGCAGCCACCGCAUUGGACACAAGCGCUAGUUUGAAAGAAAUCAGUGAUUUUGGCCGUCUUGUGAAUGAGAAUUUGGCUACAUUGGGAGCAAGUUUAGAUAGAACUUCUGUACCUGGUAAAGCUGCACAAGAGGAAGAGGACGAGCACAAGGUUGAGUUCAAUGAUGAUGAUGAGGCAGAGUUAGGAUUAGGUAUUCAUAACGAACCGGGAACGAAAUUAAAACCUAUUCCUAAUCUUGAUGAGUUGAUCAAGGAUAUGAUUGAAAAGCUAGUCUCACCCUCGGAUCAAGAACGUCAUUAUGUUGAUUUUGAUUUGGAUAAUGAUGAUUUUGUUCUCUUGAUUAAUAAUCUUGGUGGUACAUCUUCUUUUGAAUUGUUUGCAAUUACGGAACACGUUAUCAAGAAUCUUCCAUUCAAAAAGGCUCCAAAGAGGAUUUUUGUCAGUGACUUUGUUACUUCGUUUAACUCUCCUGGGUUCUCCAUUACCUUACUUAAUUUGUCCAAUAUUGACAAGAGCAAGGGCGCGAAAUUUAAGCUGGAAGAUGUUUUGAAGUUCUUGGACACGCCAACAAAUGCUCCAGGGUGGAAACCAAAGACAUACGAUGCCAAAUACUGGGACGAGAGUGGGAAACAAGAUAGAACAAUUGAGUCACCAAUGAAGGAUGAAUCCGUUGUUACCUCAAAUUUAAAGAUUGACGCUAAACAAUUUGAACAAAAUUUGAAAGCCGCGUUGGAAAACCUUCUUAAAGCUGAGCCAAAAGUAACACAUUACGACACAUUGGUUGGAGAUGGUGAUUGUGGGGAGACCUUGGCUGGUGGUGCUAACUCCAUCUUAGAAGCAUUGAAAUCUGAUAAAGAGUUUCAAUCGCAUCUUUCCGACCCAGUAGCCACACUUUAUCGCAUCACCGAACUUGUCGAAGAUAGCAUGGGAGGUACUUCGGGUGGAUUAUACUCAAUUUAUCUUACUGCAUUAGUGCAAAACUUAAAAGAUGCAAAAGAAGUCAGCACAAAGAUAGUAGCCGAUGCCUUGUACAAUGCCCUCCAUGACGGUUUAUUCAAGUAUACCAAAGCACGUGUUGGUGGAAGAACCAUGAUUGAUUCAUUGCAACCAUUUGUUGAUACAUUUAAAGAUACUGGUGAUUUGAGCAAAGCAGUCGAGGCAGCUAAGAAGGGAUGUGAAGAGACUAAAAAAUUGGAGGCCAGCUUUGGAAGAUCGAGUUAUGUAAACAAGGAAGACUUGGAAGCUGAAGGCGGUAUACCUGAUCCGGGUGCUGUUGGGUUAUUGGCCUUGAUAGAAGGAUUUGCCAAUAGUGUUAACUAA